UUUGUGGGAGGCUGUUGAAAAAGAUGUCGUGAGAGUACACGAGGUUCGCGCCCCAAGACCUGCCGGGAAAUGUAGUUCGAGAGAACAAGAAGUACCGGAAGCUAAUAGGCAGCCGGGAAUCAUCGGGCAAAUGCUGGUACUUCAAGGAUUGCAUCAUGGAUAAGUUUGUUACACGAAGACCCAGAACUGAACGACGCUCGAAGAAGAAAGAUUCUGGGGAAAAGGUUUUCAAGCAAGCUACUAUAGAGUCUCUGAAGAGAGUUGUAGUUGUAGAAGAUAUAAAAAGAUGGAAAUCUGUGCUAGAGCUUUCAGUUCAGCCUAAGGAGAAUCUAAUUGAAGCCUUAAUGGAAUUAAGGAAGAAAAUACCUUCCAAGGAAGUUUUACUUUCUACAAAAAUAGGUCAUACUGUGAACAAGAUGCGCAAGCAUACAGAUGAGGAUGUGGCCGCUCUUGCCAAAGAAGUGUAUACUGAAUGGCGAACAUUCAUCAAAGACCAUUCAAAUAGACCCUCAAUAGAAGUGAGGAGUGAUCCCAAAACAGAGAACCUUAGACAGAAUGCACGGAAGCUACUUGCUGAAGUCCUGGAGGUGGAGAUUGGUCACCCGCUGGUGGAAAAUAUUGAGCGAGAAGCUUUUCAUCUCUCUUCCCGUCUCAUUAACGCACCCUACCGCAGGACGGUACGGUUACUCAUAUUUGCUUUAAAGCACAAGCCUGAAAUGCGAACACAAGUGCAAAGUGGUGUGCUGUCACCUAGCACACUUGUGCAAAGCUACAAAAAGUGACUCAAACGCCUAUUGCAGAAUGAGUGCAGGGGGUUGGCGUAACUGGAUCAUAUAACAAUAGAGGGAAUCACUUCUGCUUCUUGGAUUAAUAUUAAUGAAUAUAUUAACCAUGUAUUGGUUCAGUACUAUCAGAGAAACACAAAUAUUUCAGGAUGUCCAUUUGAUGCUAAGUCUUCAUUUGAUGCAAAUGGGUGGUUAGCCAUUUGCAGUAAAGAGGAAUGGGAAGGGGAAUUCUCUACUUUACCUUUAAGCAGCCUGGAAAGUAACUGGUCUUAGUGAUACUCUGCUCCGUAAAGUGCGAGGCACAAACCUGUGUGGGCUUCAUCACAGGGAGCAAAGGAGUAUGCUUAAAAGAAACUGGUUACCAAAUGUAAUAACUGAAAGCUCAAUCUAUCCUCUAGGAUCAAAUUGCCUCUCUAACACACUUGACCUACAAUUAUCUGCUCAUAUCUAACUAGCUAAAGCUAGGAUAGAGGAACCUGUGGCCCUCUAGAUGAUGUUGGACUACAACUCCUAUCAUCCCCAGCCAGCAUAUUCAAUGACCAGGGUUGAUGGGAGUUGUAGUCCAACAACAUCUGGAGGGCCACAAGAUCCUCAGCCCUGCUCUGAAGAAUUAUAUUCUGCAGUGCCUUUUAAUAACUGAGUUUACAGUAAGGAGGAGUUUAUAUUUGAUGCAAUUAACCAACAACACCAGCAAUGUUCCUCAGUGGUAUAGGUGAGGUUCUACAUCUACAGUUCCAUAGGAUCCUGAUGCCUAGAUGAUCUGGAAUGGCAAGUGGUCUCAUGUCUAUGCACUAUUAUGGGCGGGUAUGGAAAAAGGCUGCUCUUUAGCCCAUCCAUUCAUCAAAAUAGUUCUGCUAUAUAUCAACAUUUUCAAAUCAUCUACCUAAAUAUGUCCUGAACACUCUUACCUUGUAGUAACCUUCCUACAUAUUACAGUACUUUAAUUUACUCUAAAAUACCACUAUCUCAUCCUCAUGGGCUGGUUUUUUAAACCAAAGCAACUUUUUUCCUCCAUACUGAUACAAACAAGAACUGCAAUAAGAUUUUGAAGUAUACAGUAGUUUGCUAGGGAAAAAUAGCCUUUCAGAAGACGUUGGGUGACAUUCAAUGCUGCAGAAGAGGAUUCCACCUUCAUCUCCUUCCCCCCUGAAGCUACCUGCCCCAAAAUCUGUUCUGGGGAAUCCCCCAAUCCUUUGGAGCAGAUUUUGUAGGUGCUUGGGGGGCUAUAGGCAAUCCAAUUCCACAAAUUCAUUGUGCUUGUGCAUGAACAAAUUGAAUACAUCCCAUUGGUUUUUAAACUAAAAACAAAAGAACAGGACAAGUAUGAGUUGUUGAAAAGUUUUAACACAGUUCAAAAGAGCUUCAUCUAAGUCUCCUGUUGUAACACACAUAACAUGCUGUGUGUGGUCAAGACAGCAUGGAUUUUAAAAAUAAACAGUAGCUAGACUUUGAACAUGAGCCUACUAACUGCAGUUGCCAUAGUGGAGAAUAGAAGAGGAAUCAAUGCAGGACCAGCUAAAAGUAAGUGGGAAGCUGGCAAGUGGGAAUUAAGACUUUUAAGUAUAUAUUUACAUUUAAAGUGUGUUUAUACACAUAAUUCUAUGGGUUUUUUUUAAAGCAGAGUGUUUUCAUAUUAAUCAGGACAUGGUCAAAAUGGAAUUCUGCUAGGACUUCCCAUUAAGGUUCUAGCCUAGCUUCUAUCAAAUGCUGUGCCAGGAAGACUGGAUGCCUGGAAAUGCCUGACUAAGGGACAGUGGGAGUUAAAUUCAACAGUUGUUUUCAUAGUCCAUGUAUGGACCAGUUGGAGGAAAGUUGUGAGCACAGUGCAAUAAAACUGGUAUGGAAACAAGUGUGAAGUAAGGCAUGAACCCUAAGAUGUUCUUGCAGUACAUUUUUUAAAAAAAUACAAACCACUUCUAUGUCUGUUCCUCAGCUGGUGAUCUGCAGACUAUUAUCAGGCUUGCUGAGCUUGUCCUUACGGCUUUCUCCAUCUACUACUGCCUCUGUUCAUAGUGGCUGUCGUUACAUUUCCUUACGAUACUAUGCUAUGCUAUGAUCAGGACUAAAGGGCUGUCUCCGGCCAUAAGCAGUAAGUGCAUGGAACAGAAUAACCCCAGGGGUGGCAGAGCUGGAGGUGUUCUACCCCAAGACACAAUAUGAGAAACGCUGGUUUGAAAAAGGAAGAAUAUGCUAAUUCAUCUUCAUUUUAUGGCCUCUGUCAUCUAGGCUUCAGCCUAUGAAUGUGAAGCUUUGUCUGUUGCAAUGGUCUUGAUGAGUAUUCCCUUUGUACCAUAAAUUCUGAAGCUGUUUCUUCAUUCUAACAAGACACAGUCUAUGGGACAAACUCCGUAGCUUUCCAUUAGCUUCCAGCAAACUCCAGCAUUUGGUAGCCUGGUGGAAAUGAUCUCAUCACAGCAGCAGUUUCUUACCUUCCCUCCUCUCCAGGCAUAUUAACCCUUGCAGUACCUUGCUUACAUAAGACAAUUCCCUUGGCUCACGAUAAAGAACAUCCCUUAGCAACUUACCUGGUCUCCAGUCCACUAGGAAUUACUCCAACUCACUGCAAGCCUAUUAACUUUCAUGCUGUUAGGCCUUUGCCUUUGACAUGGUAAGCAUGAUCUGAGCUCAAUUACCCUUUGUAUAGGUAUGUGCUGUUUGAUGGCAUACUUUACCGAGCUGUUACGUUGGUAUCCAGAGAUCCUACUUUUUUCUUUAAACAUACCAUAGCCACCUUUUCCUAUAUGGUGGUUACUGCUGUCUAGAUCUUUUUCACAUCUCAGUUUCCCUCCAACUUGUUGGAGGAAGCAGGGCUCUCACUUUGUCUCCUACAUGGGGAAAGGAUGGGCAAACGAGGAUUUAGGAGGGAGCAGAACAAGAGAAACUCUGCAUCCUUUUUCUUCAGUUAAAAGAGACAGGCAGGCUCUCUGGAUUGUGACCUGGCAAACCUAAGCAGCUUGCCAUCUGUUACACCAAUAAAGCCCACUUUGAGCCUAAUCAGAUGCACAUUUACUCAGAUGCAAGUCCUACCAAGUUCAAUGGGACUUACUCCUAUAUGACUGUAAGGAUUACAGAGUUAAUUGGUUCUCUUACAUGCAAAAUCUGUAAAGCAGAGAGAGUACUGGUCAGUGUAUAUUUAAAUGUGUAUACAAUUAUACUUGGAAACUCUUUUGCUCAUGUAUGCAACACAACUUCUUGACUGAAGCUGAUUAUAUCUUUUCCAAUCUGGGUCCAGAAACAACCUUGAUGGAUGACCUAUAGAUAAGUGUGUCCCUGUUCAUUCUGCUGGACCUCUCAGUGGCUUUUGAUACCAUCAGCCUUGAUACCCUUCUGGGAUGCUUGUGUGGCACAGAGACCAUUUUGCGUUGGUUCUGUCUGUAGCUGGCUGAAUUCUCCUAGCAGAUGGUGCUGGGGAUUAUUGCUUGGUUCCCUGGACAUUGUUUUAUGGGGUGACUCAGGCUUUUUAAAAUCAUAUUUGCUCUUUAACAUCUAUAUCAGAUGUGGGGAACCUUUGGUCCUCCAGAUGUUGCUGAACUAAAAUUGCCAUCAGCCCCAUCAAGCUUAUGACCAGGGAUGACGGGAGUUGUAGUUCAGCAACAUCUGGAGGACCAAAGGUUCCCCACAUCUGAUCUUCAUGAAACCGCUUAGGUCGUUUUGAAUUAGAUCACAUCACUAAGCUGAUGAUACACAGUUCUACCUUUCUUUGCCAACUAAUGCUAAGGAGCUAGUGGAAGUCUUGAACAGUUGCCAGGAUGCUGUGAUGGGCUGAAUGGGGGUCAGCAGGCUAAGGCUUAAUUUGGACAAGAUAGAUUCUUAUGAUCAGCAGACAAACUAAUUUGGGUUUGAGAAUAUCAACUGUAUUGGUCUAUGGCAGCCUUUCCCAACCAGUGUGCCUCCAGAUGUUGUUGGACCACAACUCCCAUCUUUCCUGACCAUUGGCAAUGCUGGCUGAGGCUGAUGGGAGUUGUGGUCCAAAAACAUCUGGAGGCACACUGGUUGGGAAAGGCUGGUCUAUGGUUUGUUUCUGGGCUCAGCUCAAGAUGCAGGUGCUGCUUACAUAUCAAGCUCUUAAACAGCUUGGGGCCAGAUCAUCUGGAAGAUUGCCUGUUCCCAUAUAAAUCUGCCUGUAGAUGACAAUCCUGUUUUGAGGCCCUGCUGUAUGUCCCAUCACCUAAAGAAGGAAUGGAGAACCAUGUUCAGCUUGAGGACUGCAUUCCCUUUUGAGGGCCAUAUGCCUGUAGUGGACAAGGCUGGAGGCAAAAGUGGGCAGAACAAUAAAUGUGAAUGUUACCUUUUGUAAAGUAGGCUUGUUUGUAUACACAGUCACACAACCUCUUUAUUCUCUAUCCAGGCAAGCAAGAAGCAUUGUCAGUUCAAGAACACAUUCCUGCCAGUCCCCCCAAAAAACCAUGAUGCAAUGCAAGGCUUUGGGGAGUCCAAAGGGCUAGAUAAGCCACAUUUGGCCUCUAGGCUGAGAUUCCCUACCCCUAACCUAAAGUCGUACAGUUGGUGGGAAUGUGGUGGAGGGCCUUUUCUGUGGCACCUGCUAACCACAGAAUUCCUUCCCAAGCGAGAUUAGACUGAACCAAUCUCUGCUAAUUUUUGGGCUGGCAAUAAAAAAAGGUUUUGUUGAGCAGUUUUAGUAUGUGAUGGUUUGUUUUUGCUAUGAUGUUUUCUGCUGUGUUCUUAAUCUGAUUAUUGUUUAAAAUUGGUUUUAAUGUUUUUGUUUUUGUACAUAAUAUUGUAAUAAUAUUGGGGGCCAUUGUUAGGGCCAAAAGGUUGUUUAUAAAUGUUUUUAUAAAUAAAAAACAAAACUUCAGCUUUUAGCUUACCAGAAGCAAAUAUUUUAGUUUGAGCCUUUUAAUAAACUGAGGACAAGGAGGGUCAUGUAUUCCUUACAAUAAUUCUGUGUCACAAACACUAUCUCAUAAUUUAAUUAGCUACAUUUCCAUACUGUAAAUCUGGAACCUACAAAAUUGUUUAUUUUAAAUAUAGGUGACAUUUAAUUUAAGGUAAAAUUGCCCUUAAGAUGAUGGAAUCUGGAGCAAAUAUUACAACUAAAUCAAAAGCCACUGAAAACAGUUUUACUAUUAUAUAACCCAAUUUGAAGUAUGUUGGCAGGUUCAGCAUGGUUGUAAUAAAUAUCAAUCAAAGAGGAUGUUUCCAGUAUAUCCAGGGAGUAAUUCUUCAGGAAAUGUUGUAUCUUUGAAAAGUAAAAAUAGAUGCAAUGUCUAAAUUCAGAUCCUGACACAAGAACAGUAUAACCCAGAAUGUAGAGCAUCAUAUCUACAAACUACAGAAAGAGAGUGUCCUUAAGAACAUUCUAUCAGAGAAUCUUUUAACACAAUUUUGCAGUGUUUUGAAACGGGGUCAAUUGAAAUCAAUGGGAACAAAAGUGGAUUUUCUAAUGCUUCCCUGUUUCACUGGAAAAUAAAGGCAUUUUCACUCUUGA